GUGAGCACGGAGAACUCCACUGUCUUGCCUCCCCCGAUCAAAGUACCACCAGGUGCUCCAGCUUUAUUGUAAUGUUUACACCAGUCGAGUAAUACAUGUCAGAAUUGCACAGGACUUAACAUGGGCUCCUUGAAUACAAGGUGGAAAAUCACAAUUUUAACAGCAUUUCUGUUGGUUCUGAAGGCUGAAGCAGUGCCGACAUAUUAUAAUGAUGGGAAUGAUGUGGAUGCAGGGGAGUUGAGAGAAGACAUUCCCGAAAUUAAUUUAGAAUCAUCAAGAGAUCUCUUUCAGGGAGAUAUUGCCGUAGAUCCCAGAAGAAAUGCCAUUCUGGACGGCAACUGGAAGUUCCCUAUCCCUUACAUCCUGACAGAUUCUUUGGAGCUGAAUGCCAAGGGUGUGAUCCUGCAGGCAUUUGAGAUGUAUCGACUCAAGUCCUGUGUUGACUUCAAGCCUUACGAGGGCGAGAGCACUUACCUCUCUUUCACUAAGUUGGACGGGUGCUGGUCUUUUGUGGGCGACUUUGGGACAGGCCAAAAUCUGUCCAUCGGGGCCAGGUGUGACACCAGAGCCAUCGUUGAGCACGAGCUCCUCCACGCCCUCGGCUUCUACCAUGAGCAGUCGCGGUCUGACCGUGACGAUUACGUCAAAAUCCACUGGGACCAAAUCCUGGAAGGGAAAGAGCACAAUUUUAACAAGUAUGAGGAUGACUUCAUCACGGACUUGAACACACCGUACGACUACGAGUCCAUCAUGCACUACCGCCCCCUCUCCUUCAACAAGGAUCCCAACAUCCCCACCAUCACCACGGCGAUCCCUGCUUUCAACAAUGUUAUUGGCCAGCGGCUAGACUUCAGUGCAGUCGACCUGGAGAGACUGAACCGCAAGUAUGAAUGCGCUGCUCCUCUGACCCUGCUGGACCAGUGCUCCUUUGAGCAGAUCAACAUCUGUGGGAUGAUUCAGAACGAGCAGGACAACGGGGACUGGAUACAGACCCCCAGCACCACUGGCAGUAAUGACCACACCCUGGGAGGCCAGUGCAGAGAUGCUGGCCUAUUUAUGCACUUCGACACGUCCAAGUCAACAGUAGGGAACAGUGCUCUGCUGGAGUCUCGGAUCCUGUAUCCCCGGAGGAGCCACCAGUGCCUGCAGUUCUUCUACAGGAUGACAGGGGCUGCUGGAGACCGCCUUGUCAUCUGGCUGCGGAUGGACGACAGCACAGGGACCCCCCGCAAAGUGAUAAAAGUGCACACCAUCACAGGUGAUGGAAAUGCUUCCUGGAAGAUCGCUCAUGUGCCUCUGAGCACUGGGGAGAAGUUCCGUUACUUUUUUCAGGGAAUGACGGGAGUUGAGAACCAGGCUUCAAGUGGCAUCUCCAUCGACGACAUCACUCUGUCAGAGACGGCAUGCCCCGGUGCCGUAUGGCAGAUCAGCGGCUUCAGCAGCAUUCUCGCCUCCACGCCAGUUGGCACCGGCAUCCACAGCGGCCGCUUCUACAACUCUGAGGGCUAUGGGUACGGGUUCACCGUUUACCCCAAAGGCCGAGAUGCAGACUCUGCUGAGUACCUUGGAGUGACCUUUCACCUUUACAGUGGUGAGAAUGAUGGCGUGUUGGAGUGGCCAGCCAUGAACAGACAGGUCACCAUCACUGCCAUGGACCAAGACCCAGAUGCCACGUUGCGAAUGUCCAACAGCCGCAGCUUCACCACUGACUCCAACUACAAGUGGAACAGGCCAGUGGAUGGUAACGGUACGUGGGACACAAACUGCUCCUGCUAUAGGGGACCGGAGAUGGGCUGGGGCACCUUCACCUCCCACCUGCAGCUGCAGAGGAGGAGCUUCCUGAAGAACGACGACCUCAUCAUCAUGGCUGACUUUGAUGACCUGACCCACUUGCUGAAGACCGAGGUGCCGGUGGUGGCCUCAGCCAAGGAGGAGAGACCGCUGGACAAGAAGGAGCCACUCCCGCCCAAUGAGCUCGCAGCCCAAGAUGCCCGACCAAGGGAGGUCCGCGCCGUCACUCAGCCCUGCUCCCCUAACCCCUGUCUAAAUGGAGGAGUGUGUGUGGAGAAACAGGGCCAGGCCACAUGCAGGUGUGCAUCUGGACGGUCCACAUUCUAUUCAGGUGACAUGUGUGAAACUCGGCAGGUUGCAGGAUCUGUUGUGGGGGUUCUGGUUGGAGGAGUAGUGGGCUCCAUGGCCCUAGUUAUGGCCAUUCUUGCAGUUAUUCGUCAGAGGACAUAAAACGGAGAUGUCAGACGUAUUUCUUAACUUCAGUCUAUCAUUCACACUGAGUCACACGUUAUUUCCCAACAAAUUAUUUCUCACAGGCAGUAAAUGUUAUGACUACCAACUAUGCUGUGUUGCUGUUCUUCGAAGGAUACAUUAAAAAUUAUAUUUAUAUCUCCA